GGUUAGGCUCUCCUCGGGUCCCCGCUCCCCCCCCGCUUCCCUCACCCUCCCCUCCCGUCACCUCUCCCCGACCCCACCCGAGUCCGGCCUCGGCUGCCCCGGCCAUGGCGUGCGGCGCCACUCUGAAAAGGACUCUGGAUUUCGACCCGCUGCUGAGCCCAGCGUCCCCGAAGCGGAGGCGAUGUGCGCCAUUGUCGGCGCCCACCUCGGCUGCUGCCUCUCCGUCGGCGGCGGCCGCCGCCACCGCCGCCUCCUUCUCGGCCGCCGCCGCCUCGCCGCAGAAGUAUCUCCGAAUGGAGCCGUCCCCCUUUGGCGACGUCUCCUCCCGCCUCACCACAGAACAAAUUCUGUACAACAUAAAACAAGAGUAUAAACGCAUGCAGAAGAGAAGACAUUUAGAAACUAGUUUCCAACAGACAGAUCCAUGUUGUACUUCUGAGGCACAACCACAUGCAUUUCUCCUCAGUGGACCAGCUUCACCAGGGACUUCAUCUGCAACAUCCUCACCAUUAAAAAAAGAACAGCCCUUAUUUACUCUACGACAGGUUGGGAUGAUCUGUGAACGUUUGUUGAAAGAACGUGAAGAGAAAGUUCGAGAAGAGUAUGAAGAAAUAUUGAACACAAAACUUGCAGAACAAUAUGAUGCAUUUGUGAAGUUUACGCAUGAUCAAAUAAUGCGACGAUACGGAGAACAGCCUGCUAGUUAUGUUUCAUGAAUCACGUUUUCUGCAUUUGUGGGCUGCCUUGUUCCUUGUUGAGUUGUUGCAAGAGGUCCUAAUUAUGACAUGCAGCAAUGCCAAUACCCCCCUGUGAAUACAGGUUAUUUCAAGCUUUCGUCAGUGGCAACCACUCUUAGGCAGCAACUGGUUUUGGAAAUUACCCUGAUGUCAGUACCAUCUGGAUGUGGACCUUUGCUACCUGUAUUAAUGCCAGUGGCCUCAUUUGCUGUAUCAUUACAAUUUGGCUUCUUAUAUUAAUAUGUUUGAAAAGGAUUAAAGCUGGUAUUCUAAGAACAUGCCCUUCACUGGUUGUGUAAAUAAAACUGUAGAAUGACACUUCAGAUGAAGUUAGUGUGAUUUUAAUUGUGCACUACAACCAAGCUGUAACCAGGUAUUAAUAAUUUAGAAUGUAAUCCCAGGACAUUAUUAAGCAAAUAGUCUACAGUGCUUCCUGUGAAAUCGUGAAAGAGGGAGGGCAUUUCUGUAUUCCAGGACUUCUUGGGGUUUCAGAAAGGAUUUACAGGAUUUUUUUCCCUUAAAUUUUUUUUUUGGGUAGUUUUUAUUUAUUUUAUCAGUCUUUUUAACAAUUGUUUAUUGCUGCAUUUUUCCCCCCAGUGUGUUGUCGUUUUAUUGGCCUUAUAUAUAGUACUGGAAUAUAGCUGGAAGAAUAAAACAUUUACUUCUAAUCUGCUUUAAUGUACAGAUGGGUAGUAUCUGAAUAAAGCCAGUGUUUUAAAUGUAA